UUUGCUGUGUCUGGGGCUGCUGGUGGAAGCUGCUACUAGCACCCGGCUCCGCUCAGCAGCGGUGGGUGAGGGUGCUGCCUGUGCUGGGGUCUCCUUCUCCCUCUUUGUGAGACAGUGCUGCUCCUUGGUGUAGUCAUCCUGUUUGAAGGGGUGAGUUGCUGGUUUCUUGUACCUGUAUUCUGCCUGCCAGCUCCAGAAAGUGCUGCCUGCUGCUGUACCCCUGGUCUGUUGCUGCGGAUGCUGCUGUAGGCUCUUGAGCUGCCCUUGAAGACAGUUACCAAUGCAUAACCAGCCAGCGAAGACAUUCAUCUGAAACUCACGUGGAAGACACAAGUCUAAAAGUUCUUUCAGUGAAAAUACACUAGAAAGGUAAGAUUGAGUGGCGGAGACUCCCCAGCACUGGUGGCAGCUGAACUACAGCUCUGAGACACUGCCAAAAAGCCUCUGUGGAUCCUUGUAAAAUGGAUGCUAUACACAAGCUGAAGAUUUUGGUGAUGUUUCUAUCUCUGGCUACUUUCAUGGUCAUGGUGAUACUGAAUGCUGGAAAUGCCACUGGGAUAUUCAAAGGUCUGUUCAGAACAACCCCUGGAAACAUCUCAGCAAAGUACAGCACUGACUUCACACCAGCUGGCUGGACUUUCCUCAUCUGGAACGCCAUCUAUGCCUGGCAGCUUGCUUGGCUUCUCUACGCCUUGUCAGGGAUCUGUCGAAGGAAUGAACUUGGAUGUGUCUGCAUAAAGCCAGACUUGCUGCCAAUACCUUUUUAUGUGGCGUGGAUUCUGAAUAAUGGUCUCAAUGUUGGAUGGCUGUUUCUGUGGGAUCGAGAAUACCUCCUCCCAGCCCUGGCGUUCCUGGCAGCCCUCGCUUUUACCGCAUGUGUCUCCCUCUUCAUUUCACACCGAGCCCUGGACAUCCAUUCCGCGUGGUUUGUGAAGGGUCACAGAGCUGACCUCUGGCUCAUCCGCAUCCUAAUCCAGAACGGGCUGGCACUGUAUGCAACCUGGACCAUCAUUGCCACUCUGCUGAACUUUGCAGUUGUGUUGAUCUACAAGUGGAAUGUGUCCAAUGAGACAGCGACGACUGCUUCUCUAAGUAUCCUUGCUUUUGACCUAGCAAUAUGGUUUUAUCUAGAAAAUUUCAUUCUUGACAAGUAUGUCCGCUAUAACCUUACAAUCUACCCAGUGGUGGUUAUAGCUCUGACUGGCAGCACAUGCAAGAACUUCUCAUUUUCAUCCCCAACAACAAACGGCAUUUUUAUAGUUGUUUUGCUGGCAACUACUUGCUUGAUCUUUGCUGUUCGCCUGGGACUGGUCACAUGGAGACACUGGAAGAGACCACUGGAGGCAUCCGAAACCCCAGACCCAUCAGGCACAGUGCACUGAGACCUCCAGCAUGUUGCAGGAGAUACUUUAAAGGGAGAGAAGAGAAUUGGGCAUCUGCUGGUCUUUCCUUCAAUAUCAAUUGCCUUGUGCUCUUCUCUAGUUAUUUCUUUCCAUUCCAAAUGUGGAUGGCUUGUGUCUGCAAACCUGUCCUGCUCCCGUUUUCCCUCAGAUCAGCUACUGACAGCCCCACCUUGAAUCUGUACCCUCCUUCAUUUAGUUUGACUCUGGAUCAGUGCAGGAAGAGGUCUUUCAGCUGAGCAACCCUCUGCACCACCGACUGAGCUGUUGGCUCUCUGCUCCUGUCAGUGCAAUGAGGGCUAACAGGCCCUUGGCAGGCUUACAGACAGUUGCUCAUAUUUUCCUUAGUUCAUUUUUCUUAGAGCUGUACUUUCAGUGAACUAUCCGUGUGAGUCAAGGUGAGCAGGGGGAGGUCUGGCAAUUCCUUUGGCCAUGUGGUGCUGGGUACCUGCAGGCCCUGGUGCUGUGAGCAGACCUCCAGGCAGCAACUGCUCCUUUUCCUGCUUCUCUUCACCAUUGAUGGGAACAGAUAGCACAACUUGAGAGAUCUACCCUUGCAGCUUCAGCUCUGUUUGCUAUCCAAGGUGGGGAGGGCUGGUGACCGAAUACUUCAGACACAAUUGCAAGCCUUCAAGCUAUUUUGGCUUGUAGCUCUAAAACCAGAAGAUUGAUUCAGUUUUUCAGCAGGCGCAUCGCUGUGUCUCUGCCCUGUUUUUUCCUGACUUUCUCAGUUAAGUCAGUCACUGUCAGCACCUCUCUGGACCUGCAGGAAUAGCAGAGGUGUGCUGUUCCUGCUCUGCCUGUAAGACAGGGGCGAUCAGGGUCAGGAGGGAAGGGUGGGUUGCCCACCGUGCAGAGCGAGCAGAGCACAGCAUGUGCUGGCUGGAUCCUGCUCAAGCAGGGCUUGUAGCAUCUCUGUCAGGAGCUAUAUGUACACUUGAGACGAUACCUGAUCUGGGGUAAAGCUUGCUGCUUCAAAGGAGAUCUGCUCAAGAAAAAAAAAAUUAUUUGAACCUGUAGAAUGAGUUCAUCCUCAGUCAGUGCUUUUUCAUGUGGCUUUACCGUUUCUGAGUUGGUAUUAGGAAGCCUAGAAGUGGAUUGACCGAAUUGUUGGACCACUGCCUCUAUUUCCUGUGCCUGCUCAAGUUGAUGGUGCCUCACUGGGGUCUGGAAAGUGUUUCUACAUGGCAGGUGCUUUUAGAUGCCGAAUAUCUUAAAUUACUAUUACAAAGGUAAAUUCUUUUAAAAUAACCUGUCCUGUUGUUGACCUUUAACAAAGUACAAACCCAGUGUAACGAGAUUCCUCUUGUAAUUCUGCUGUGUUGGUUUUAUUUUCCAAUAAAAUCAACUAAUUCCACCAUUUUUCCACUAA